GGUGGCACACAAAAUUACAUCGUGAGUCAUGUUGUGAACGAGUUUUUUUUCUGCUGCACCUGGUGCACGGAUACGGUUUGGGUUUCAGCGGAACGAGUAAAAAUUUUCACUACCAGUACAUCGUCCCCGGCACUGCAGCGGCACAUGAUUACGCCACCACGACGACACGGUUCUUCAACCUCGAAGCGCGGUUUUUUUUUUCAACGACAAAGGGUUGUGAGAAGACCCAGAGGCGACAUCGUUAACAAGAGGAUGUUGAGCAGAUCGAAGGACCACAUGGUCGUGGACGUUUUUUCAGUUUUUUUUUCAACUACAGUGUGAAUUUCUUUUUCUUCGAAGAGCUGGAGGUCCUGUCGAUUACACGUAUAACACGAGGACGAGCUACGGACCGAACUCGGAGCUCGGAGCGUCGCUGGAACUUUUUUUUUGAAAACAGAAGUGCAGGAGAAACCACACCGGUCGGCGGAAGUCGAAGAGCAGUAAGAGGAGAAAAGGUGUAAGCACGGCGCCCCACCACCCCGCCGGGACGUCGACCACCCUUCGUCAAACCCAACACUAACACCAACCCCGCCCGGAAGAAGAUGCGGCGGACGAGUGGCGUCGAUGGCUCUCGGAGCCUCCAGCCCCCGACGGCGGGUCACCCGAACAUCAAGCAGAAUCUGAAUGCAUCUUCUAUGACUUGCUCAAUUGUUACAAUCUCAAACGUUACAAUAGAGUCUGGAUUUUGUGUUGCAUGAUGAGCAUGACAGACUCGCACAGCGUUCCACCUUUUGCAAUACAAAUUUCGCCAGAUUGUGGGGGGGUUUGGGGCUCCGGAACUUGUCAUGCGCAAUCCUAUGAGAGUUGGCUAGAUCAUUCAGUUUUGCAUCACAGAUUUCCAUUGUAACGUUUGAGAUUGUAACACUUGAGCGGGUUAUAUCCUCCUCCAGCGCUGCGACUAGCAGCACGACGCGGUCGCAAAUUCGCACCAUAUGAACUGCAAAAGUAUCGUACUAGUAGUACUUGCAAUACAAAUUAGCUCAGCAUGACAAAUGGAAUUUGUCAUGCUGUUUUACCUUGGCAUGGAGAUUUGUAAUGCAUGACUCCGAUUACUACGAGUACGAUACUUUUGCACAGGAUACACCAGCGGCGGAGACAACAUCACGUUUUCCGCGAAGCCACUCGCAUAUGAAAUGCAAAAGCAUCGUACUAGUAUAAAUCGCAUGACAAAUUUCCUCAGUAUGAGAAGUGAAAUUUGUAAUGCGGAUUCAACCUGAGAAAGAAAUUUGUAAUGCACGGAUGCACUUAGUGCGAGUAGAGUGCGAUGCUUUUGCAGUUCAUAUCGCACCGCCCCCUCCGAUUCCGGCUGGACACAAACCACCACCGGGCUACGAGCAGCUACUGCACCCCCGAGAGGAGCAACAAGGUUUUUUUUUUGAACGUAGUAGAGGUAAAAGUGUAUGGAAUCCGAAUCGCAAGGGUAAAAUCAAACUCAUCCCAGUAGCUGAAGUUCAUCUCACCAUCUCAAACAUUGUAGGAGCAGUAGCAAACUCUUUUUUUCGUAUAAGAGCUGGAAGCAAAUAAAACUAGUUGGAGAAGAUGAACGAGUAGGCGAAUGAAAAUUAUCAACAUGUACUUAUUGAUGUAACCCGCCUAUUACUUGAUGUCGUUUCGAAUGUAAGAAAUGUUUUGUUGUACACAGACACACCACAACGAUAUAAACGUAAGUAUCCGUGCACUUUUGUAUAAUUCAAUUUCAAACUCUUCUUGAUCUCUGUGGCGCUCUGCGGGUCCGCCACUGGGUGCGAAAUCUCUCCUGCCCUCUUCUAUAUCUGAGGCUGACGUGGCGCAACUAGGGGUCCUCCCAGGACUGCUGUUGUAAAAAUCGUUCGCCUCUCUACUUCCUGCUCUGGAAGCUGGCGCUUCACUUCUUUCUUUCAUCCUCGAUCUCUUCCGACGAGGGAACUGCACGUGCUGACGCUCAUCUACUACUCUGGCAAGAACUACAACCUCCAUCAUGCCAAUCAUAAUCAACCGCGCCUCUUUAGACCCGCUGCCGGGCUCGGUUCCGGAGAAGAAGGAGGAGCAGAAGAGUCCGCGAAGGAAGGUAUGCUGAGACAAAACGUCCCCAGCCCCACCCCAGAGUCCAGGUGGGAACUCAGCAACGCAAAUCCAGGAGUUUUGGGGGUUACGCAUGACAAGUUUCUCUCUGUUUUCUAGUGCAUGGUAGCAAGCACAGCGGCAUCGCAAAGCCAUUCUCCCAUCCUGCUUACACCAUUACAAAUUCCAAAACACGACUGGAAACGCCUGUCAUGGGAGUGCGCAUUUCAAAUCAUGUUGCUGUAAUUGCAAAUCUGCAUGGGAACUCUGGUAUGGGGACGCUUUUGCUCAGGAUACAAGAGCUUCAUGGCGAAGAUGCUCUCCAGAAAACCGGCGGAGAACCUCCCGCCCGAGCCUGCGCCAGCUUACAACACUAAAACCAGCAUCGCGGUAUUGGUUUUUCAUAGAAGCGGUAGCGGAACGUUUUUCAGAAUCAAAAUAAGGAUUUGCACGUGUACAAUGCAGCUAAUAUGCAGCGAUACGUCGUACGGUACCUGCAAACAGCGCAGCUUCAAUACAACUCCUCCCCGAAUUACGUACAAAAAAUAGAUCACGGGCGCCACCCCGAAGGACCCGCGAGCAGCCGGCGCGAACAACUCCACCGGAGGCAAAAACAUCUCCUCCGCCAGUCCCCCCAUCUACGUGCUGCACCAGGACACGGCCUCGGUGAGUCCCCUGACCCGGAAACGCGACAUCGGAGGUGGCGGGGGUUCCAAGCCCAAGCCCGGCAUGGUUAGCGCACAUCUCCAGGCCGAGGUCGACCAGAAGAGCCCCAAUUUCGCUACUUUCGGCGCAGGUGGGUCGAAGUCCAACAAUUCAAGGAGUAAAACCGGUUAUGCAUUGCAAAUAUGUCUGGGUCUGGAAGAAUGCAAACCUGUGAUGCGCAUUUCACAACGCAUAAAAAUCUCUCAUGCAUAGGCAGCAAAAGAUGCCCUCUUUCUGCCACCAGAAUGGGGCAUUUGUCUUGCGGAUCCAGCAUUGCGGAAGCUUCUCGAAAUCUGUGAUGCUAGAGCUUCCAUGCCAGACCUUUUGUGUCAUGCAAAAGCAGCAUGACUUUUCCAGACCCAGACAUAUUUGGAUUUGAUACCGGUGGAACUACUGCGACAUCAAGUAAGGAUCGCGAUCGCCUCAAACAUAUGCAUUGCAAAUAUGUCUGGGUCUGGAAGAAUGAAGCCUGUCAUGCGAAAGCUGGAUCACGCGAAAGUCUGUGUUGCAUGAACGCCAACAGUUACCCAAUUCUCGCUAGGUAAAACGGAAAUUUCUCAUGCGGAAGAGGCAUGAGGAAGGUCUCAAAAACUCUGUGAUACUUCUGUCUGCAUUACAAACCAUGAUUGUGCUCCGCGAGAUGCAUGACAAAUCUUGCAACUUUCCAGACCCAGACACUUUUGCACAGGAUAAAACAUGUCACUGUGGCGGACGAAGCAUCAAACCAAUUUGUCCCGCCACCAGGCGUAUGCAUUGCAAAAGCAUCGUACUAGUAGAUGUCGCAUUACAAAUUCCGUCAGCAUGAGAAAUGGAAUUUAUCAUGCUGUGUUACCUUGAGAUGGAGAUUCGUAAUGCAUCACUGCGAUUACUACGAGUGCGAUACUUUUGCACAGGAUAAGGCGCCGGGGGUGCUAUGAGCAGCAAAGCGAACAGCAAGAGCUUUAGCAGCAGCACAACGAUGGUGCAUGGCCAGAUGAAGAUCCUGCAGCACAAAAACAACUCCGGUUUAGGUGCUGGGGGAACCGCGUCGCUGACGACGGGUACGCGGUUUGGUGGAGGCGUAGGUGGGAAUCACGCUUCCACAAGUGACGAAUCAGGGCCGGAAGGGACUAACAAUCAGAAUUACCAGCGGAUGUCGCAGUUUGUCUCCUCCGACGACCAGGGCGGCUUCAGCACUGACGCGUCCCUGUCUCCCACGGCCGGGCGAAAAAUGUCGGCGAUGCUGCUCUCCGCGAGUCCGCCGUCGAAGAAGCGGGAAGUAGAGAAAAACUCCGACUGGAACAAAACGAAAAAGCCACUGGAAUUCACGGAAAAGCAGGAGCUGGGCACGGAGAUGACUCCGGGUGGCCAGGCGCGACGGGAUAUGCAGAUCGGACAGGCCGAGGACCACCUCGCGCAGGCUGGGGCUGCUAAGAAGACCGCCGGGAAGAUGUCAGCAUCUUCAACAGGAGGACUAUCAACAGACGCAGAUAGUAGAGCAAACUCGCCGUCAAAAGGCUCGGGCUUGUUCUUUUCCUGGAGGAAAAACCCGGUUGCUAUCCACAAAAAAGGAAUCACUCCCAUGAUCCAAUUUGUCAUGCAAAACAUGCAUCAAUUUCAAACCCAGUAUUUCUUGUCAUGCAAAAGAUGGAUGGGGAUGGCUCUUUUUUUGUGGAUAGCCACCACCGCCUUCAGUCGCAUGUCGGUUUUCGCCUUUCCGGGCGGAAGGAACAGCAUUUCAGGCACAGAAAAAGCACUCGACGACGAAGACAACGACGACACGAUUCGUAAGGACAGUUACAAGCCCUUCACGGGGAAAUUCGGGCACAGCAAGAAGUCGCUGUUUGCGUUUCCGAUUUCGAAAGCGAAAACGGAACGGAGAAGAUGCUGUUCGAGGGAAUGCUUGUGCAACCUCUGGCCGGUCAUGCUGGUACAACAACAGUGAUAUUCGUGUUUCUUCUGUGCUCCGCGAUGAACAUGAAUAUGAAUAUGAAAUGAGAGACACUAAAUAAAGUUAAAAGCUUUGUCACUACUGAUACAACUACAUCUACACACAGAUCCGCGCUAUUUUCAAGCCGCUCUACGACAUGACUUCCAGUUUUUUCGGCACGGUGACGGGCAAGCUGGAGCAACACUGGUAUGCGUUAUGGAUGUGUCAGAGUUGAAAUCGACAAAGUUGAAAUAAUUUGCCAUGCAUAAAAUGGAUGCCAGUUGGAACCCAGUUUCCAAGUGGCGCAUGACAAAUUUCGGUGGUCCCUAAAUCCAGUUUGUCAUGCUGUUUAGGCAAAGAAGAGUGGUUUUCUCAUGCUACUUUAGCAGCUCGAGCUGUAGCCCCAAACAGGCUUACAAUCGGCCUCACUUGCCUGCUCUGCAACACACGCACCUCGGGCCAUGCAUUUUAUGCAUUACAAAUUAUUUCAACUGAACUUUGACGAUUUCAAACCUGACGCUUCCAUAUGCGUUCGAGGAGAAAUAUUUGAUCAGUUUUGAGGAACUCGAGGAGACCUCCGAUGAAGACAACGAGGACGACGACAGCGAAGUCUUCGACACCGGCGCCGCCCACCUGGCGUUCACAACCAACAUGCUGAAAGCGAAACAGCUCGACCAACAACAAUCCAAAGCCUCGCUGAUGCAGCAGAAGCUUCUCCGCGGGUACGGCUCCUCGUCUAAGCGGCUCAGCACGAUAUCCACCGCAAAAGAUAAGUGUAGUCGUAAUCGUACGAAUCGCAGUACAGCACAGCAGACGACCAGUAUUUUUCGACCUAGUAAAUUCAGCCGUUUUACAAAUGAAUUAGACUUGAAAAAAAAUUUGCAAAUGCGACCUGUACUAGUCAAGUGCGAUUCCGAGUGCGAUACGCUUUUGCAAUGCAUAUCCGAACAGCAAGAGCAAAUCGAAGCCCAGACGGUCAACCUCAUCCGGCUCCCUCUCCUCUUCCCACGACGAACGGCGCCGGAGCGCCAGUCGCCGCCGGGGCAGCUCGGCGGAUAGUGCGGGGGACCGGAGGGGGUCCUCCUCAAGACGGGGUGGUGGUGCCAAUAGCAGUGGUGGCGAAGCAAGUAAAAGCGGUGGAAACAAAUACCGGAUGAAGGACGACUUGCAUGGGGGUACUGUUACUGAAUAAACUUGUUCUCAUCGAUUUGUUUCGACUUGUUCUCAUCGAUUUGCACCGAACUGCCUGGUCUCGCUUUCCUCCUUGUUUGCGGUUUUCUGUUAUUUUUUGGUUCGUCCAGCACUGCAGGAAGAUGAAGUUGAAGAUUCUCAUGCCGAUGUGGAUGUCAUGUGAAUAAAUACCACUAGAUUUCGUUUUCGCGCACGAAUUUUUACAUAUAACAGGCAUUCUGCUCCGGCAGGGUUCCAAGGGUUCUGUUGCGUCCUCUACACGCAGAACAAGCUCGAAGGAGAGCUUCCAAGGCGGCAGUAGAAAUAACAAGCCGAUGUCGUCGAGUAAAAGCUUCUACGCCGACCUGUAUGCGUUAGUCCCGGAAAGGAAAAAAAGCGGCUGGCUUUCCCGCCGUGCGGAAGCGGCGAGGCAGAGGAGGAAAGCCAAACUGAAGGAGCAGGGACAGUACUGCUUCGAUAAAAAAAGUUUUUUUUUUUUGAUUCAGCAUGUUUUGGGUUUGGCAUGUUUUCAGUUCUCAAACAUGAACAUCAUCCACAUCUCAUGGAACAACACUACAAUCAACAUUCACAACACGGCAAUUCCACCUUCCAGCCGCAAGCCCGAAGACGUGGCGAUGGAGCUGAUUCUGAAGUACAAGAGCAUCGACCUGACUCCCGACGAAGAGAAGAACAAAACGCCUUUGCCCCCCGAUGCGGUGAAGUUUAACCUAGUCAUGACGUUCUUCAUUGUGUUGAACACGAUUUUCAUCUGGCUGCAGACCGACAUCAACGUGAAGCAGUGCGACGACGCGGGGACGUGUUGCCCCCGCGGGGAGCAGUGUCCGGGGCGGGGCGAGGUGACCAGUAUUCAACCCGUGGCGGCCCUGGACGGGGACUGUACACAUUGCAAAUAUGUCUGGGUCUGGAAAGUUGUGAUGCAAACCUGUUAAUGGUGGGCAGGGCACACUGCAAUUAUACGAAGCCAGGCAUGACAAGUUUUCGAUCUGCUACUUACUUAUGUCAUUAUUCGUGUUGCGCAUGACGAACUGCGUUUUUGCAUGGCAAGAGGAUCUUUUCGUGCUCAUACAACAUGACAGAAUUACGAGUGGGCAUGACAAACUUGCAGUCUUCCAGACCCAGAAAUUAUAUUUGCAGUGCAUAGACUGGUACUGGUACACAUUUGACGUCGUGUUCCUCCUCAUUUUUCUCGGCGAACUCUACUACCGCUACAGCUACCACGGGAAGAACCUGUUCAAGGACCCCUUCACGCUCUUCGACGGCUUCGUGGUGUUUCUCGGCUGCAUCGACACCUUCAUACUGGCCCCCUUCGCGCCCGAGAGUGGCGGCGCAUUGCGGUACUCACUACAUUCAGAUUGUCUUUGGCAAAGUUUUUUUUUGCCAUUGUACUCACUACAUUCAGGCUGACAGCAUGGAUGAAGUCAGAUUUGCCCGAUCGAAAUGCCUCAAUAAAUUCGCCGCUUGAUGUUCGAUUGGACCGAUAAGCAGACUUGUGUCUGGGAUUUGAUUUUUUUUUGCCAUUGUUAUGUGGAUGUGCCCCUGGUGAUAACUCCACUCGCGGGUGCUGCUUUUUAGUGUUGACCUUGCUUGAGGUUGAUGCGUAUGGUUUGCAUUGGAUGCUUAUUUUCCCUUUCCGAAUGAAUUAUUGUUCUCCAAACCCGCAAUAAUUAUACCCACACAGCAUGUUCACCGUGUUUCGAACCUUGCGGCUGGUGAAAUUGGGGCGGCUGCUGAGUCUGUUUCCGGUUUUCAACCACCUGAUGAAGAUCGCCCACGCCUACGUCGCGAGCCUCCCGGCGGUCGGGACCGUGCUGUGUUUGUUUCUCAUGCUGAUCUACUUCUUCGGGAUUCUCUUCACAGUCAUCGUUGGUACAACUUAUAGAUACGCUCAGUUUAUUCUCUUUCUGAUGUCUCUCGAUUUUGCUUCGCUUGUGCAUAGCACGGUCAUCAUAAUUUUGAUUUCUAAAAAAUGCAAAUCAAUGCGAUGCUUAGCAUGGUUAUGGUAGUAAUACGUAUGUGGUCGUUCUUCAGCAAGUUAAACCUAUGUUAAAUGUUUACUUUAGGAUUGACGUCCUGAGUGCAACAGCAUGCGCAUUCAUCUCAUAGAAGAACCACAUGACAGGUAAAAAGCGCGAGAUUUAUGCCCCGUACCGAAAGCUUUCCGGUUGGGAUUGGCGCGACUACUUUGGUUCCUCCGGGACCACCAUGCAGACACUGAUCGUGCUCGCGACAAAAGGCGGCGACUGGGCGUCCACAGUGGUCAGGCCGGUGACGGACAACCAGCCCGCACUGAUCGUGUUGUGGAUUUUCUUCAUCAUGGUCUGCUGGUAUGGGUUACUGAACAUCGUGGUUUCUGUGGUGGUUGCGGAGACGCUGAAACUUGGGAAAGCGAGACACGCACAGAAGGAGAUCCAGCAAGGCAUCAUCCGGAUAGAGAGAAUGGAAGAAUUGAAAGUCGCUCUUACGGUAUUCAAAUUAUUUUUGCAAAAAUUGAAACUAUUCGUAGGUAUAGAUGCAUGUGAUCCUAACCAGCAGACAUUUCAAUAUAUUGAUUCGUCGUCAAAAGAUGAAAAAGAAAAAGGAAAAAAACAAAAAGUGGAUUGAAUCAUUUCACCCCAGGCCGGCGACACAAAUCACGACAACAUGAUCUCCCUGCCGGAGUGGAAUUUCCUGCUGAAUGAGGACAACGGCGCGAUGCGGGCUCGGCUAGAGGUAUCGACUGCAAAAAUGUCUCGGUCUGGAAGAUUGCAACUUGUCAUGGUAAAUCUGAAGCAUGCAAAAAUCUGUGUUGCAUGAGUGCCAAAAGCUGUCCACUUUUGACCAAGUUGGAACGGAGUUUCUCAUGCAGAAUAGGCAUGGCUAGCAAGGCCUCGCAGAGUCUGUCAUGCUAAGUCCCGCAUUCCAGACCUCAUGGGUCAUGGAAAAUCUGCAUGACAAGUAAACGAAUGGGACGCCCUGCCCUUAGCCUUCCAACAUGACAAGUCUACACUCUUCCAGACCCAGACACUUUUGCACUUGAUAAGAGGAUGUGGGCUUCGAUUUGAACAUGACCCGGGAACUCUUCGACAUCCUGGACGUCGAAGAGAAGGGAAGUGUCCGCUUUGAGGACUUCAUGGGGGCAGCACUGCGCAUUAACUCGGUGGACGACGCGGAGGCGAAGGAUAUGUACGCGACCAUAUGGAAGUGCACAACACCACAUCUCUGUCCCCCUCAUUUGUCAUGCAAAAUGCAAAUGCUGCCUGUGCCAGCCUUCGCCUUCUUGUUACUUCUUGUACCGUUUGCAUGACAGAUUCCGGAUGAAGGAACCCAAACACUUGUACUACAGUUGUACUAGGCACACGAACUUGUCAUGCCGCACAGGCUCCAUGUGCAUGUCUGCUGGUGUUUGCAUUGCUGUUCAUACCACAAAGUUGAGGGGAACAAGUAGUAGUUUUCCACCCCGAUAAACCAAUCUGACGAUGCACACUUUGAACGAAAAGCUGGCCACGUUUGAGAAGACCAUGGCCCAGGGGCUGGACACAGUGAACAUGCUGCUGUUUUACGUGGAAUCGAAGUUGUAUGGACGCGUCAGGUUUGAAAUCGACAAAGUUUAAAUGAUUUGUCAUGCAUAAAAUGCAAGGCAUGAAGUGCCUGUCUUGCCGGGAUGGCAAGUGAGGCCGACUGUCAGCCUGUUUAGAGUUUGAAAUAGAGCUGCUAAAGUAGCAUGGCAAAAGCAGUCGUCUGUGCCCAAACAGCAUGACAAAUUGGAUUCUGGUGCUCGAAAAAUUUGUCAUGCACCGCUUAGAAAUUGGGCUUCCAACUGGUAUCCAUUUUAUGCAUUACAAGUUAUUUCCACUUUGACGAUUUCAAUCCUGACGCACCCAUAAGUUGUAUCGUGGCUAUUCCGAUAUGGUGGAUCGAUCGCGCAUGGAGUUCGAGAAACGCAGUCAGCAGGAGGGUGCGGCGUAUGAAUUGCAAAAGUAUCGUACUCGUAGCAUUGCAAUACAAAUUAGGUCAGCAUGACAAAUGGAAUUUAUCAUGCUCAUUUAGCUUAAAAAAGAAAUUUGUCUUGCAUGACUGCGAUUAGUACGAGUGCGAUACUUUUGCAGUUGAUACCGCGUGCGUGAUGCCAAAACCCUUGCCGCCCUCCGCGGACGACCGGUCGGACGGGGCGGCGGUAUGACCGUGCACAACUCCCCCUCGUUCUCAUUUCUCAUGCAAUUUGCAUAAAUCCAGUCGCUGCCUUGUGGCACUGUUUGCAUAACGAAUAUAAUCGGAACCCCAAAAAGUACUACAUUAGGUGCAUAGAUUUGUCAUGCAUAGGCUCCAUCUGCGCUGGUGUUUGUAUUGCUGUUCUUCAUGCCAUGCAAAUGAGGGGGACGAGUUGUGCACUUUUAUAGGCGGUGCCCAGGUUUCCGAACGUCGUGCCCACGUUCCGGUCCGAGCCACUGUACGAAGAGGAUCUGGAUAACCUGUGAAUCUACUUCCGCAAGUAAAAAAGGAGGUGCGACGUCAUUCAAAACUCAGAACGCAGCGGCAGCCGCAGCAUUUCGUGAAGAAAUCACUUGUAUAGUAGAAAGCCUCGUAGUACCCAUCGAAAUAAAAAAAAGUUGCACUAAUGUCUAUCUUCUAGUAAUAUGCCCCUACUAGUAGGUACCAUCCUAAUGUUGCGAGAAAAUCUUCCGUGGUGACCUGUUUCGAGUUAUUCACUAUAACAAUCGGACUAUCGAUGUAUUUCGAGUUGUAAAAUCCAUUCUUUUACUCCGAAAGCGGGGGUCGUAGGGUCCGGGUCGCCGGGCCCGUCCAGAACUUGCGCAGUACUUCGCCGCGGAUGUUUCGCCUCUGGAAUUUCAGAGCCUGUCAGGCACAAGAUGGAGUGGUCUUGCGAAGCUAACAAGUGCUCCCAGUGUCGCACUCCGCGAAACGGAGCCGGGCUGCUGCACUGAGGUCGCCCCGGGGUCGGCCCCAAAUGCUAUGCGCCGCGCCAACAUUUUGCGCCGGCAGAGGCUUCGGUGUGUCGGCGCCGCGCGCGCCUUCUCCUUGCUAGUUGCCCAAACCAGGCCGCGAAGACAGGCCGCAGGGACCGCCCGCUGGUGGCUUCAAUUCCAGAGGCUUUUCGUUGUCUCCUUGCACACUUGUGCACUUCGCGCAAAUGAGCUGCUGUGGCAGCGCCAUCGCGUAACGCACGUUACACGGCGGCUCUCUGUUUCACUUGUGCCUUCCCGGCCGUGUCAAUAGUGCUCCCCGUGGCGGCCGCUUUAAUUUCAGAGGCAUGUCCUUGCCUAUAUGCACGCUUGCGCACGUUGCAAAAAGCUUGCCACCGCCGUGCCAUCGUGUAACGCACGUUACACGACGGCCCUCUGCUCCGCCGCAGCCCCCUUCGUGUGUGGGGAGCUGUGUGCGAAAAGCCUUGCCGCUUUGGGUUGUAAGGAGGCGCCCUCGUCCUCUCCUCGUCUGGGUAAGGCGCCCGCCAGCUAGCCAUAAGAGGGGCAAUGCGCUGCUGGCUCGCCUGCCGGGCUGCGUCGACAUUCUAUCGAUGUAUUUCGAGUUGUAAAAUCCAUUCUUGUCUAUUAUAUCUUUUCAACUACACCUGCUAUCGACGAUAAAAUGUGCUACUAGAAGUAUGAAAAAUAUUGAGAACUCCUUAGAACUUGAUUGUAGAAGUCUGCGCCAUCAAGUACAACAUCCAGAUGAUACUACAUUUUGCACCAGACUUUGUAGUUGAGCCGCCAAGUUCCCAAGGCGGAGUAGAGACCUCGAAGAUUAGAUGAGCCAGUAUAAUGUCCAGCAAGUUUUCUUACGUAUACGCUGGAAAUCAAGAUCUUCAUCCUCCAUUAUCUACCCACAACUCAUGACAAAUCAAAUCUUUUUUUAGCAGUCGCGAAUAUUGAAUUUCUGCACUCCUGAAGUGGUCGCGAAAUAAAAGUUGUAGACGUUUCAUGAAAUAGUAUUAGAGUAAAGUAAAAGUCGAUUCUAGAGAGGAUCAAGAUUUCUAUGGCCAACGAACCAGAUGAGAAGAUAUCUGAGCAGCACCUGCUCGGAGCUACUUACACAUGAGCUGGCUUCGCACUUCGUCCUCUUCUACACCAUGUUUCGUAUGGACGAGUGUAGUUGUCCCUAUCCUGCUUAUGUAGAAACGAACGCCAGCGCCUCGUCGUGCACAGCCAAGAUAGAAACAAACAAAUCGAAAUCUAACGACUGAGCAAUAAGAAUGACGAUGCAGUGGCAGUGCACCACCAAGAACACCAUCGG